AGGAAAUGACGUGCUUCAUGUGCUGCGUCUCAAAUAGAAAUCUGAAAUACCGACACCGGGAGGGACCGGGGACCGGGUCUGUGCGAGGGAGAGGAGUGUGAGGGACCGGGCGCUGAUACAAGAAGAGGAUGGGUGACAUAGUAGAAGAUGAGGCAAGCUUCUACUCUAAUGCAGAGGACUACUGGAGGGAGGUCCCCCCCACAGUGGAUGGCAUGCUGGGAGGCUAUGGCAGCAUCUCCAGUAUUGAUAUCAAUGGAUCCAAGGCUUUCCUGCAGAAGUUCCUUGGUGAAGGUGAAGGGAAGACGGGUACGGGCUGUGCUCUGGACUGUGGAGCAGGUAUUGGUAGGAUCACCAAACGGUUACUGCUGCCUCUGUUCAAGACCGUGGACCUCGUGGACGUGACGCAGGAGUUUCUGGACAAAGCCAAGACAUACCUGGGAGACGAGGGCAAGAGAGUGGGGAACUAUCUCUGCUGCGGCCUGCAGGACUUUGUACCAGAGAGUGGACGCUAUGAUGUCAUCUGGAUCCAGUGGGUCAUUGGCCACCUAACAGACGACCACCUGGUGGACUUCCUGCAACGUUGCCAGAAAGCGCUGCGGCCCAACGGCCUCAUCGUCAUCAAGGACAAUGUGUCAUAUGAGGGCGUGGUCCCCGAUGAGGUGGACAGUAGUGUCUGCCGCGACCUGGAAAUAGUUCACAGUCUGGUGGCCAGAGCAGGCCUCCGUAUCAUCCAUGAGGAGCAACAAGUGAACUUCCCAAAGGAGAUCUACCAGGUCCACACACUGGCUCUCAGAUAGUGGACUGUUUUCUUCUCCAGGGGGACAGGAAGAGGGGUGGCCGUGUGCACACAGUAUUUCUUAUGAUGCUUUUGUAGUCAGAAAUUCAUGUAUGAUCUGUUUGGAAAUGAUCUGCAGUGAGAUGCAUUGGUCUUCUGCUCUGUGCAUGUUGGUGAAUCAUCUUUUCUGGGCCACCAGGUCACAGUACACUUAUAUCUUAUGAAUAUUUGGUCCAUCUUCUAUUCAAGAUUCUAGCAUGCGCUUCCUGUCUCAGUGUGAUGUCCAGCAGCACUGAAGGUCCAACUUCAUCUUUAGCUGUGUGGAUAUGCACAGUCUGCCAGAAUAAACUAAUGCACUAUGUUUGGAAGUGGAGAAGUCAUUAUCGUACUGCUGUGUCAUCACAAAACUACAAACUACAGCAUCACUCUUCCAGACUUUGUUAUCGCUUUAUUUAUUACCCAUGUUGGAACUCAGCUCCAGUGUCCACUGGAAGCACUUCAGAAGCAGAACUUCAGUCUAUAGUUUUGCACACACAUUUCCAAUGUUACCAAGAUGUUUUAUGGACAUUUUUUACAGCUUAUUAAAAACAUACAGAUCAAUGUAGUAACAGAGACUUUGUGGCUGUAUUUUACUGGUUUUAAUCACAGAUGGCUCAAUCAACUCUUUUCUUGACUGUCAUCCAAAUCUGAGUCCCUUAAUGGGUACUGCUGAUACUGAAUCAGAUCUGAUAUUUGUAAUUACAUAAAUGUUGAUUAAAUGUAUCUGACAUUGGAAUAAUGACAA